AUGGCAAACCGUGAAAAACCAAAUGGUCAACACAAUAAAAACAGCAAGUACAAAAAUUUUCUCAAGGAUCCUGUUGGAAUAGAAGUGCUGAUCAAGAGGUACCGAAGCGGCGAGAGCCACCCAGUGACAUUGCUGCAUCAGAUGGCCCAGACUAUGCAGUUCCACUUGGAAAUUAAGGAGACAGUCACCACUGCUGAUGUAAGUGGGUUUUUCUUCGCCUUUUGUGUGGUGAUUGAUGGCAUCCAGUACAAGACUGGGAUGGGGAUAACGAAGAAAGAGGCCCGGUUCAAAGCAGCAGAGUUGGCUCUUGCGGACCUGCUGCCCGUGUUUGAGAAAGAGAAGCAUUCUCCCGUCAAAGUUUUAGCUAUGCCACCUUUUCUCGUGGUUAAAGAGGAAUCCUCCCAUUCAGAGAUCCAGGCCAACAAGCCUCCUGAGAGGGAGAGUUUCGCCAACUUCCAGAUACCAAACGCUGUCAAGGAUCAACUCAUCAAGUUAAUGAACAGUCAUCCGCAGUUCUCAGCCUGCACCGCCUCCAUUGCAGCAUUCGUCAUUCAGACUUCCACUGGUUGUGAGGUGGUAGCUGUAGGCACUGGUAACUACAGCACCAAAGAGAGCAUUUCAACAAGUGGACGCAUGGUGCACGACUCGCACGCUGUGGUCACUGCCAGGCGGUCCCUCAUGAGAUUCCUCUAUCAACACCUGCUGAUGUUCUUCAGCAAAAUGGCAAACCUUGUAGAGAAGUCUAUCUUUCAGCGCAGCAACAACGACCUCCUAAGCCUUAAGAGUGGCAUCCAGUUGCACCUCUACCUAAACCAAGUGCCUAAGGGUGCCAUUCAAAUGCCCUCCAAGCUGUCCCUGCGCCCGCAAACCAUAUCAUCAUGGGAGAUGAGCAUUGAGAUGGGUCUGCACGUGUCAGUGGAGGGCAAGGUGUUCCCAGUAAUCGCCAUUGCCCCCGAGUGCCUCCACACCAAAGUGGUCAGUUUGUCAUCCAUGGACAAAAUCGCUCAAUGGCAAGUGCUGGGCUACCAGGGAGCCUUGCUGAGCCAUUUCAUUGAACCCAUCUACGUCCAAAACAUCUUCGUAGGUGAUGAAGACAUUCGCGGCAUCGAGAUGAUACUGAGACAACGCACAGAAGGCAUCACCAAUCAGCUACCCAUGCUCUACUGCAUGGUGAGGCCUCACAUUAGUGCAGUACCGGCUGUUGCCAGUAUUAGUGCUGACAAUGUAGGCCAGGUGACGUACGGUUUCAACUGGAGCAUUGGCGACAGCUCCAUCGAGGUGGUGGAUGGUCUGCUUGGCAAGACCAUAGAUGAGUCUCCCUUCAAGAGUGGACCUGCCCUUUCAAGUCGCCUGUGCAAGGCAGCAAUGCUACGCCGCUAUAAAUUUGUAGCCGAAGGUGCUCAGAGGCAGGACUUACUGGCUACACCUUCCUACAGAGAAGCCAAGAGGAUGGCAAAGCAGUACCAGGAGGCCAAGAAUGCACUGCGGACGAGCCUGAUGCAACAAGGUUUCGGUUGCUGGCCAAAAAAGCUCAUGGUCAGUGAUGACUUCAACAUGUAG